UCCGGAACUUUCUUCCGUUUUUGGAUUUUGGUAUCUGUAAUUCUGUAUCCGCCUUUUGGGUCCCAUUUGGUUAAUUGGUAAAGCAAUUCUUCUCUAAAAAGGAGACUAGAGGAGGAGAAGGAAAGCCAGAAUCAGAAAGUUGAGAUCGAAGAUCGAUAGUGUGAGAACUCAGAACAGAUGACGAAGAAGGCGGUUCUGAUUGGAUGCAAUUACCCAGGAACGAAGGCGGAGCUGAAGGGAUGCAUCAACGAUGUUCGACGUAUGUACAAAUGCCUCAUCGAACGCUAUGGAUUCGCUGAAGAAGACAUCACCGUCUUGAUCGACACCGAUGAUUCCUACACUCAGCCCACCGGAAAGAACAUCCGACGUGCUCUUGCCAAUCUCAUCCGCUCCGCCGAGCCUGGAGAUUACCUCUUUGUUCACUACAGCGGCCACGGAACCCGUCUUCCUGCUGAGACAGGGGAGGAUGAUGACACCGGCUACGAUGAAUGCAUUGUCCCUUCCGAUAUGAAUCUCAUCACAGACGACGAUUUCAGAGAUUUAGUUGAUAAAGUCCCAGAAGGAUGUCGCAUAACAAUUGUGUCAGAUUCGUGCCACAGCGGUGGCCUAUUAGAUGAGGCCAAGGAACAGAUCGGGGAGAGCACCAAGGAUGCCUCCCAUGAAUCAGAAUCUGGUGGCUUUGGGUUCAAACAGUUCUUGCAGCGAUCGGUUGAGGACGCAUUUGAGUCCCGUGGAAUUCAUAUCCCUUCAGGGGAUCAUCAUCGCCACCAUCACCAUCACCAUGGUCCCGAUGAAGAUGUUGAUCGCAGUGAGAGCGAGCUACAAUACUCUGAGAGUGGCCACCGUAUCAAGAACCGGUCUCUUCCACUGUCGACUCUGAUAGAGAUACUGAAGCAGAAGACCGGUAAGGAAGACAUCGAUGUGGGGAAACUGCGGCCGACUCUGUUCGACAUCUUCGGUGAGGAUUCAAGUCCCAAGGUGAAGAAGUUCAUGAAUGUCAUCAUGAACAAGCUGACACAUGGUGGAGGAGGAGAAGGUGGAAAUGGCAGUGGCGGCGGUGGUGGGUUCCUGGGCAUGGUUGGGAGUCUGGCGCAGGAUUUCCUGAAGCAGAAACUGGAGGAAAACGAUGAGGAUUACGUGAAACCAGCAAUGGAAACAGAGGUGUCUAGCAACCACGAAGCAUACGCAGGAGCAAGAAAGCGUUCGCUUCCUGAUAGUGGAAUUCUGAUUAGUGGGUGCCAGACUGACCAAACAUCUGCGGAUGCAACCCCUUCAGGGAAUCCUAAAGAAGCAUAUGGUGCUCUCAGCAAUGCAAUCCAGACUAUAAUUGUUGAAUCCGAUGGAGCAAUUAGCAACCAGGAGCUUGUGUCCAAGGCUAGAAGAAUACUCAAGAGCCAGGGAUUCACUCAACGACCCGGCCUCUACUGCAGUGAUUAUCAUGUCGAUGCUCCUUUUGUUGCUUGAUAUACUUCAUUGAGUCAUUGGAUCUCCUUGAAAGAAAGAGUUCCUAUCUAGGGACUAGGGGUGUGUAUUUUUACUGGAUUUUUGGUACUGCUUGCGUCUUGCUUUGGUUAUUUGUUUGAAUGCUUGAAUGCUUGAAUGAGCAAUGUUAUUUUACAAGACUAAAAUAACAAUUCACAAGAAAAUCCAGUUGGCAA